CUGUGCAGUAGGUAAACAAACAGGAGAGGAGAGGAAACGAGCUGCAGCAGGCACUUUGCUGGCUCUGGGCUACAUCGGGGGAGAUUUUAUAUUGUUUAUAUCCGAUUUUGUAAAAAAUUAAUAUCGUGUUUCCUAGACACUUUUUAAUACUUUGGUACACUGGUUUUGGCAUUUUCUAACAACGAAACCUGGCAAGGACUGGCUGUAGCUUGCCAGCUUGGAAACACUGUUUUCCCCUCUCCUUUCGACAAAGGCUGCUGAUGAGCCAGCGAAGACACUGUACAAGAUAAUAGCACGACGUGUUUUAAGUAUCACUCAGUGUAAUAAUAAGAGAUGCACUGUCUUCCCUGUAUUUAAAAGAGACCUGCCGUUGCUUCUGUUCGCGAAGCUAACGUAACCUGAAGAGAGCCUAGCUUACGUUAACGGCAGUCAGCCUCAGGAAAGAAUGACUGCUGUUCAGCUAAUAAAUAUCCAACGGUUAUUGGAAGCUGCGGAAUACCUAGAAAGGAGAGAAAGAGAGUGUGAACACGGGUACGCUUCGACAUUUCCAUCAAGUCAGAACACAAACUACCAGAGGCAAAGAAAAUUUCGAAAUAAGAAGUUCAGUAGUAACCACAAUAGGUCCACACAUAAUGAGCUGGAGAAGAAUAGACGAGCUCACCUGCGGCUGUGUCUCGAGAGGUUGAAGGCCCUCAUACCCCUAGGACCCGACUGCAACCGCCACACCACCCUGGGCCUGCUCAACAAAGCCAAAGCACACAUAAAGAAACUUGAAGAGGCAGACAGGAAGAGCCAGUACCAGCUGGAGUCUCUGGAGCGGGAGCAGAGACACCUCCAGCGUCAGCUGGAGCUGCUGAGGGGAGGCAGCGGUGCUGCAGCCCAGAGCAGCCCAGGGGAGGGGGAGAGGAUACGCAUGGACAGUGUGGGCUCCACCCACUGCUCCGACCGCUCUGACUCUGACCAAGAGGAGAUCGAGGUGGACGUGGAAAGCACAGAGUUCUCCCAUGGAGAGCUGGACAGUGUGAGCACAGCCAGCACCAGCGACCUGGACGACCACAGCAGCUUGCAGAGCAUGGCCAGCGACGAGGGCUACUCCUCCUGCAGUGUCAAACUUGCCUUCUCCUCCUAGAGCCCCACACCACUACCGCCACCACCACCUCCCAGCCAAACCCACCUGCCCUCCCUUGCGUUUCUCCAUCCAGCCAUGCCUACGUACAUACACCCAGUCGCCUCCGACGACGGCCAUGCCCCCAGCGAACAGCGUUUCCGUUCUUCAUGCCUCUCAGCAGCGCCCCCCCCCCCCCGCAGGCUCCUAAGCCUUUAGUUGACCCUCCUCAUCCUUGCGCUGCUGAAGCCACUGUUGGAGGAAAUCCACCGAGAGCCUCUUUUUCCUCCCUUCUGAACUUUGAGCCACACGGACCCCAGGGGGAACCAAACACAGUGAUGUGAUUUUAAUCUUCUUUUAAAGGGAGAUCAGAGAAUUGGAUGAUAUUAAAAAUACACAUCAUCUUGAUUUUUAAACCCACGCAAUUGAAAUGAGUGAUUGAUAUUAAUUCUUUCUGGGAAAAUUCUGAAUUUUUUAAAGAAACAUAACCCCUAACUUGAUCCAAAAUGCACUCAGAUUUGUAUGAUAAUGAAAUGAUUUAGUUUCUGUUAAUUUCUGUCUCCUGUGUGUGUGUGUGUGUGUGUGUGUGUGUGUGUGUGUGUUGAGCUGGUCCUGUGCAUCCUUAACGUUCUGGUGUUCGGCCUGGAUAAACGGGAGCACAUCUUGUCUGGACUAUAAUCAAUACCGUGGGUGAACUUUGCCAUAUCAACACAGCUUAGCUCUGAUAAAUGUCCCUUCAGCUCUGAAUUUAAUCCUUGUCUUAUGUUUUUAUGAUUACCUCUGCUCAACACCGCAGAAGCUCGGACACUCAAACUGGUGCUAUUGUGAAACAAACAAACGGGGAAGCAGAUCAGAUCCACCACCACUAAGCUUUUAAAGCAAAACAAAAGUGUGUCUGCAGUAAUUGUUUCCAACCAAGCACGGAGGAAAACAACCAAAAAAAUGGAGGAAAAAAAACAACAUUCCUGUCGAAUGUGGGUGCUCAGUGCAUUUUCAAAGAGUGACAAUUGCAACUUGUGUGUGUGUGUGUGUGUGUGUGUGUGUGUUGGUGUGUGUUUUGAUUUGGUUUCUGUCCCCUCAACAAGCAGCUAUGACAAGCUAUCCUGCACUUGCCUACUUUAGAGCUGUCCAUAGAAACGGCACAAACCAAGAAGUUAAAAAAAAACAACCGCAACAAGGAAAAAGUCCAAACAACGACAAACUUUGGAAUAGAUGUGCAUCCUCUUUCCAGCAGUAACAAGCAAUAACUCUUGUAGUCCUUUUUGUCUCGUCAGUUUGAACUCCUUCCCGUUUUUAUUUCUCAUCUCCCCUAAAGACUGUGUGACCGUCCAAAAAGCAAAUUUAUUUUUAUUUGUUUGUACAUACAAAUGGCUUAAUAAAUGAAACCUUAAAAAGGAGCUAAAAAAAUAUUAAAAUAAGUUAGAGCUCAUGGAUAGAACUAUUGCAUCUGUUGCUGUUUGACCUGUUAAUUGUGCAUUUUAAAUUCCAUUUUUUGAAAGAUUUUAUUCUCUUCAGAGUGGCAGUGGAUGUGGCACGGACACUAUUACUUUGUUCAAUUUGCUGAUGGAAACUUUUAAAAGUUACUCAUUCUGUUGCUGCCCUGAGAAGGAAAAGAAAAGUUACUCUUCAAAGUGAUAAAAAAACGACAACGACAGAACAACUUCCCAUCCAGUUGCGGAAAAGCGACCCAGCAUGACUUCUUUUGGAGAAUGCUGAGUUUGUGUGGCACUCUUUUUUAUUUAUUAGAUUUUUUCUUUUCUCUUGUUUAUAAUGUUCAUGAAUUGGAGGGGUGAAAAUCUGUAUAUGGCAUUCCACUGGUGGGCGAGUGAUCUGUGGAGGAAAAGCCUGAAGUGUAGGGAGACGAAAACGGGUUGCAUGAUGUCAAUGUCCGCCGUCCCAACUCCACUGGCAUUAAGAAUUGCACUUCAACCACAGUUCUCUGUAUUCCCCAUCCCCACACCCCCCCCCCCCCCACUGUAUUUCCCUUUCAUGGAGCUGACAUGAAUCCUUUUGUAUGUGAAAGAAGAAAAAAAAAAAACACCUCCCUUUUUUAAAUAUUUAUUUCUCAAUCCCUGAAAGAACACAAGCAAUGGGGAAAAAAAGUUAACUUAUUUUGGUUCUGUCUUAUUUUACUCCUCUUUUUGAUGCUUAUUCCUCAUUCCUUAUUUUAAGAGCUAUGUAUUUUAUGGUAUGGUUUUUUUUUGGGGGGGGGGGAUUAAUAAGAAAUGUAGCUAUUUUGUUUUCUUUUUUUCUGAUGUUUUAUUAAAUGGACACUUGAAAUGUAAUUGGCCCCUAAGCUGCUCCUAGUGCUGAGCCUCGCCUGUUUAGAGUCACCAGCCUUGUCCAGAGCUGACUGCCCCCCCCAACAACAUAGGUCUAGUCUGGAAAGAAAUGCAGACCUAAAACAACCUGAUAGAUCAGACAAAAUGGCUACUCUUCAUACCCAGCCCUCUGAUACAAGGGGAAACAUCCGCCAUGUUGUUUAUACAUUCUACUGUCUUGUUGUUUUUGGGUCUGUGCUGAGGGGGGGGUCAUCUCUGCACAAGGCUUGUAUCGAUAGCCAAGACUUUACUGGCAAAUAUUGCGCCGGCUACUACACAAUAAAAGGGGUCUAAAACUCCACUUUCCUCUAUUAGGAGGAUUGUAGUCUCUAUUAGACAUGUGUUUUAGUUGACAAAAUGUGUCUUACAUUUGCAAUUAAAUGCCUCUGACUGAGGAGUUCAAGAAAAAAAAAGAACAAAUCCUUUGGUUUCUCUUAAGGACAUCUUUAAGGUGUCGAGUUUGACAUGUAAGCUUUUUGCGGAGCUAUGUUGAGGUUGUUAGACUUGGCACUGAAUCAGAAAGUCACCACUUCUGGUGCUUGAUUAUAAUAAAAAAAAAAAUGCCAAAACCACCUCAGAACACCUCAGUGUCCUCUCUCUUAAUGUCUCUCUCUCUGAGGGACAGUUUACAUUUAUUCUUCCCCUGUUUAAGUUAUUAACUUCAACUCUUUGUUUUUUUGUUUUGUUUUCGUCUUCAUAUGUUGGUUUUAUGAACCUACACUGCUGACCGAAAAAAGGUUCCAUGUUUGACGACAAAUGAACUCCACUAUGUGUGCAGAUCUGGAUCGCAUCCUAGUAGUGUUUUAACCUGCUCGGAGUACAAUAUAUUUUUACUACAUUGGGACAAUUCUGAUAGUGUUGGGUUUUGUUGUUUAUCGCUGAAAUGUGUGAGAACUGUCUGACACUCAUUGUAUUGUCUCGUGUGGCAAACUACUCUGAUCUUGUAUUCCCAGACGGGAUAAAACAAACUAUAAGAACAGAUUUUACUGAAGACAGGUCUGUCCUCUCGUGUGUGUGUGUGUGUGUGUGUGUGUGUGUGUGUGUGUGUGUGCGUGCAUGCGUGUGUGUGAGAGAGAGGGAGAGUGUGUGAGUGUGUGUGCUCCAUGUUCUUACUAAGGCUAAGCUUUAGAGAGGCAGCUGGUCCAUGACUAGUCUGCACUGAUCUCAGUUGGGCUGAUUGCCAUCUGCUACUCAGUAAAUAUCAGACUUCUGGAAAAUAUUUGUCGUAAAAAAAAUAUAUAUAUAUAUAUAUAUAUAUAUAUAUAUAUAUAUCCAGUGUCACAUAUAAUAACUAGUGAAGGCUCUGUCACAUAAUUUGCAGUUAUAAUCUUGCACGGAAAGUUUACUGAGCUCAACUGUCAGUUCAGUGCAGACUGGACCUGGAUCAACCCAGGUUAGUUGGGAGGUCUGACAAAGAGUUUCUGGCUAUGCUGCAGAUUCAAAACAAUAGCAUAUCUUCAUAAGCUGUUGAUCACAAAGCUAUAUUUUUACCUCUGUGUUGAAGACUUAGGUUUAGACAUGCGAUCCUGACUGUGGUCCAGGAGCGUUUAGUUCCAGUUUUGCAGCUUGGCCAAAAGUGUGUCAGCCAUGACGAAGUGGAAGUUGCAGUGUCUUUUGUAAACCACACUUCAUUCUGGUGUCCAGCUUUGAGCAAGCAGGCCCUUGAGGGCGAGUCAGCUCACCCAAACGAGCAGUCCCACGUAGGGAGUCGUCCUGUUGUUCUGAACCUGUGGCCAUCCUUUGUAAAACAUGCAGUCUGAUGAUGAUUCUAGCCAUGUACGUUGAAGAUGCAAUACUUAAAAUAAAAACACCAAGAUUUUCAAACCUGAA